UCUACAUAUCAGCCAGCAUGGAGACCGGAGAGUCCGUGAAGGAGGCUACGGAACAAGACCCGCUGGAAGAGACAGACCAGAAACUAGAGGUGGAGGAGGAACAGGAGGAAUCCGAAGGAAGAGCUCGUGAUGUCAAGAGGCGGGUAAUACCGGGUAUUGUGUACUUGGGCCACAUCCCGCCGCGUUUCCGGCCCCUGCACGUCCGCAACCUUCUCAGCUCCUACGGUGAGGUUGGACGAGUUUUCUUUCAGGCUGAGGACCGGUUCGUGAAACGGAAGAAGAAGGCAGCAGCGGCCACGGGAGGAAAAAAGCGGUCAUACAGCAAGGACUACACCGAGGGCUGGGUGGAGUUCCGGGACAAGCGGGUAGCCAAGCGCGUCGCGGCCAGUCUACACAACACGCCUAUGGGUGCCCGUAGGCGUAGCCCCUUCCGUUAUGACUUAUGGAACCUCAAGUAUUUGCACCGUUUCACCUGGUCCCACCUCAGUGAGCACCUUGCCUUUGAGCGCCAGGUGCGCCGGCAGCGCCUUAGAGCAGAAGUUGCUCAGGCCAAGCGUGAGACUGACUUCUAUCUUCGAAGUGUGGAGAAGGGACAGCGUUUCCUUGCAUCUGAUGGGGAUCCUGCCCGCCCAGAUGGCUCCUGGGCAUUUGCCCAGCGUCCCACUGAGCAGGAACUGAGGGCCCGGAAAGCAGCCCGGCCAGGAGGGCGUGAACGGGCUCGCCUGGCUACUGCCCAGGACCAGGCCCGCUCCAACCGAGGGCUCCUUGCCAAGAUCUUUGGAGCUUCACCACCCUCAGAGAGCAUGGAGGGACCCUCCCUGGUUAGAGACCCCUGAGGGGCAGGCAGGCUCAUUUCAUCUCCUGGCCCUGCCCUGUUUUCUGUCUACCUCACACUAGAAUGAUAAUGACUUCCCAGGCAGAUAUUUUAUUGUGUUUUUCAUACAAAGAGUCUCUGGUAAGGGCUUAGAUGUGGAAGUUUUGUGAGCUUCCCUUCUCUCCCAUCUAAUUCCUGUACAUGCUUGGCUGAGUCACCUAAUUCGUAAUUCAUACUAGCAUGAUUAUGACUAUUUCAGAUGCCUGUUUUGGUUUGUUUGACUUUUGGCUGUUUGCCCACAGCCCAUUGUGUACCUCUAAAAAUCCCACUUCUUGGCCCCGGGAAGAACCUUAUCUGCAACUAGAGUGAUAAUGCCUUGUCCAGGCAAUCUUGUUCAAUUUAGCAACUACAGGUAUGGGCAGCAAUAGCAUCCUUGUUAUUUGAGAAAAGUUAAUAGGUACAGGAGUUAGUGGGAUGAGACUGGGUGGGGAACCACUUUCCAAAUGUAUUUGUAGAAAAGAAAAUAACAUUUUUAUAUGGGUUUUUAGUUUCAUGAUGAGGGAUCAUUGGACAAGUUUCAAUUUUCAAUUCCUGUGUUCUAUUCACCUUCACUUCAUCUCUUGGACCUAAGAGUUCCUCAUUUAACCUGGACUUUUUUUUUUUCCUAUUUCUGUCUGUUUAAUUUCUUUUCCCAGUUUAUCAGUUAUCUAAUUCAGCAUUUACCAAGCCACUGGGUCAGGAAAUAAUUUGUCGAUAGGUGAUAACACAUGGGCCUUGGCAUUAAAGAGUCUUAUAGGCUAUUAGAAUAGAGAGGCAUCAUGGUGCAUGCAUGUAAGAGGUAGACAGGGAGCUGUAGCAGGGCAUGGAGUACUCUAAUGAACGUGAUUCAUGGUCCCAGUCUAUUAGAAUUGGGUCAGUCUUUACCAAGGUUUCUAGGUCAUUCCUAGAAUAUGAACGGGGAGAAUGACAGCAGAAUUUUGAAAGAGCCCUUUGUGCUCCUACAAUUGCAAACAGUGCUUCAUGGAUGGAGUGUUGGGUUAGAACCACUGUAAAGGUGGGCAAAGCCUAGGAGGGAAGUCAGUCAGGAACAAAUGCCUGUUAGGUGCACUUACGUGUGUUGGGGCUUUGACAAGAGAGGAUUUAUGAACAGGCAUGAGAGCAGCCCUAGGUGCUUCAAAGAACAGUGUAAAUCACUAAGAGGAACUAAAAAUCUGGUUGUCACAAUAAUCUAAGAAAUAAAAACACAGUCCCAUGUAAAUUAACACUGAUCAUCAUCCAGGCUGUUAACUUCAGGAUACUUCCUGGAGUGUAGUUCCAGAAUAUGAUUAUCAUUUAGAUUUUGCUUGUCUCUUAGUUUUUUGCUUGCUUGCUUUUUUUUCUCCUCAGUGUGCUCACCCAUGUGUUCUUGGGUGUUGGAGUGGAUUUAUCCACUUUAGCUGUAAAGUAUCCCAGUCACAUUAUGAUCUUAACUCGGUAGGUGCAUUUUAUCUGGAAAAAUAAAAGUGACCAUACAGUAAAGCUUGGUAUAACAUUUUCCACAACCUAUGUACCUCUCAUACUCAGCACACAAACUAUAUCUCUACUUCUUAGGAACUUAAUAUCCUUGUUUCAGUGUUCAUUUCUUGUGGGUUUGUUUCAUGUGGAUUGUUUCCUCGGGUCAUGAUGUCAAAAUGAACGAGAAAGGUCCAAAGUCAGAAUUUGAUAAGCUAACAUACUUACUACUCAGAAAGUCAAGUACCCACUGCUACCUCUGCUAACUACAGAGAUAGCAAGGUGAAGAAACAUUUCUUUCCCUGAAGUUGCUAAUAGCUUAGAAAGUACAACAGUUACAUUAGAGUUUGAUAAGACUUUCUUGAAUUAGGAAAGGAAUUGUGUUGCCAGGUUGGGCUGUGUUAGGUAUUAAUUGUUAGAUUCUAGGAUCAGCAUCUCAGCUUCUGUCUGAAAUAAUAAUGCACAAAGAGCUUACCCCUGCAACCAGGCAACCUAAAUAGUCACAGGCAGAGUAAGGAAUAAGAAUAAAUAGGUGGAAAAAAAUUUCCUAGGAACUUUCUUCUUCAUACCCCUUUCAAGGGCAGGAAAAUGAUUUAUUUUUUAUGGUCACAAUUGUUUCCAUACUGUUAACCCUCCUGUUAAAAGUGAACUCAGCGGUAUGAUGUAAUUUGCCACUUAUUUUUUGUUCCCAUCAUUUUUCUCAGAUGCUUUUCCUUGUGUGCAUAUGAUGAAUGCUUAUUGCAUGAAUCUCAUGACACAUUAUAGACUAGAGAGUGAAGUGGUAUAGACUAGAGAGUGGUAUACUUCACUCUCUAGUCUAUAAUGUGUCAUGAGAUUCAUGCAAUAAGCAUUCAUCACUGCAAAUAUGAGUGGAUUUAUUUUACUUCAGAGCAAACUGGGUGAUUGUGGUCCUGACACUGUGGUUGCAGUCUGUACUCUGAUUCACCUUUGUUUUACUCUCAACUUGAGUAGCUAGGACUCUGCAUCUGAUGGCAGUAGAGUGGGCUAAUUUCUUUCAGACUGGAGUAAAGAAGUGAGGCCCCUGUUAGAGGAAAUAGGCUUUAACAGGCUAUGUCCGGGUGUCUUGUAAACUUUUUCUUGGGAACUUGCAAAAAUAACGUUUGCAACUAGUUUCUUCUUGAUUGUUUUUAUGAUUAAUCAUGAAAUCUAACUCCAUGAAAUGUGUCUUAUAAUAUUACUGUAGAGUUAUGAGGGAAAAGAGCUUUGGUGUAUGCUUCAAAGACAUGCUCAGCUCCCUAGGAUAGUUAGUAUGAAUUUUAGCAGAUUGUUUAAGACCCAGUAUUGAAAAACCUGCCCUUUUUUGAGCGAGUCAGGUGCCAUAUCCCUAGCAAAUACAGUAAUUGCUUUUCACAUUCGUCAGUUGUGUCUCCUGCUCCGAAGACAACACAGAACUGGGACUCUGAAUGACAGCUCAUUCAGAGGAAUGGAAAGAAACAGGUGGUAUAGUUUUUUUAGUCUAAUAUUUUACAAUUCAAAUAUUUUGUGUAUUCAUGAGACUUGAACUAAACUCCUGUGAGUGUCAAGGUAAAGUUUUUCUGGUUUUCUCCUAUCUUCUGCCGAUCCUUUCAGUCAUGAAGACAACUCAAGGGGAUGCAGAACUUUCAAACUAGCCAAGAACAGACAGGGGCACCAAACAGUUGAAUCCCAUAGGCUUUCCUGCUGGGUUGGGGAGGGCAGGGAAGAGAUGAGCGUGAGUCCAAUGCACAGGGAACAGUAAAAGGGGGUGGAGGGAAUGGGAAGCACUUCAGGAGAAGGAAGUGCUUCUUCCUUUGGAAAGGAAAGAGUGGCUUCAAUGGGUAGCCUCAUCAUGGGAAGACUAGUGAGCUAGAUCAGGCCUACUUGUCCUAGGACACUGUCAAGUUGGAGGGGCCAAUGAAUAAACCAGACUGCACACAGGUUUCCAUCUACCCAUCUUCCAAGGGACUGCUGCCACCUCACACAAAGUACAUUUUCCUAGGCCCCAGUGUUAUCCUAUCCCUUGGCCUUGCUCUGUGUUGGAACUUAGGACUAUAUGGUUCCAUCUGUUUUGAACUCAAUCCAUUUAAGAAUGACUAAUUCCAUCAUAAAGGUUCUCACCUGGUGAAAACUUUCCAAACAGUUUGCCAAAACAUGUUUGUUGGAGUAAAUGGAAAAGUGUACUUUUGGGGGCACUUUCUAUGCAUAUAUAAAUAUGGAGCUAGAUGGCAAAAUUGUAACAUACUUCUGGAGGAGGACAGCAGUACAACUUGAUCCUCCACAACUUUAAACCACAAGGGGCUUUCAUUACAUGAUUAUACCACAAAGUUUUAGCCAUUCACUAACUUGGAUGAAUAUUUAGGUUAAUAAUCUCUGUUUACUAUUACAGAAAUGCUGUAAUGAACAUUCCUAUAUAUAUAUAUAUAUAUAUAUAUAGUAUCGAUGUAGAUGGGAUGAAUAUGUCUGCAGGAUAGAAUAUUAAAAUUGUAGUUGUUGGCAUGGCACCUGUGGCUCAAGCAGCUAAGGCGCCAGACACAUAUACCUGAGCUGGUGGGUUUGAAUCCAGCCCAGGCUCGCCAAACAACAAUGAGGGCUGCAACUGAAAAAUAGCCAGUCAUUGUGGCCGGUGCCUGUGGUCCCAGCUACUUGGGAGGCCGAGGCAAGAGAAUUGCUUGAGCCCAGGAGUUGGAGGUUGCUGUGAGCUGUGAUGCCACUACACUCUACCCAGGGCAACAGCUUGAGGCUCUAUCUCCAAAAAAAGAAAAAAUUGUAGUUGUUGCCUUAAGUGGCAUUUACAUUGUUAUUGAUAGGAACCAUUAAACUGUCCCUCAAACAGGUUACGACAGUGGUGUAAGAUGGGAAAUUUCUCUACAGUUUUAACAACAGUGAUUAUCAGUAUUUUGAAUGUGUGCUUUGGUGAUGUUUUUAUUUAACUAUUAAAUUAACACAAGGUAAUUUCUGUUGCAUAACUAGUGCUUCUAGUGGUAUCAAGCACAUCAUGGCACUCAGUGUAUGUCUGUCAAAUGAAUGAUCCCUGGCUGCAGAAGUGAUUCCUAAAUACAAAACAAGGAAUUCAAAGGAAAAGAAAGGUGUAUUUGAAGAAAUUAUCAUCUUAAAUAUUUUAAAAUUAAAAAGAAAUAAGCAGGUAUAUAUUUAACUUAAAAUAAGUUUGCAUGUUGUUAUUUUUUUUUUUUCCCUUUGAGAUGUAGUCUUAGUCUGUUGUCCCAGGCUAGAGUGCCCUGGCAUUAGCCUAGCUCACACCAACUUAAAACUGCUGGUCUCAAGCAAUCCUCCUGCAUCAGCCUCUUUAGUAGUUGGUAUUAUAGGUGCCAGCCACAACACCCAGCUAAUUUUUCUAUUUUUAGUAGAGCUGGGUCUUGCUCUUGCUUGGGCUGGUCUGGAACCCUUAAGUUUAAGUGAUCCACCUCAGCCUUCUAGAGUGUUAGUAUUACAGGCAUGAACUACUGCACUCAGCCCUGGGUCAGGACUUCAGUCAUGGUUCGAGUGAGCCAUUCAUCUGCUUCACAUAGCAUUGCUUGAAGUCAGUUGGUAGUAUUUACAUUGUCACUGGUCUGUUCCGAGGGUGGACAACUCCACUUAAUAUGCCUUGUACAUUGGCAAGGAUAGCUGAAAGGCUUGGCUCAACUGUGUCCACUACUACUCUUAUGUAGUUGUAGUUCCUCUCACUAUGAGCUCUUCAGCAGGGUAGUCAGAAUUCUUCAGUGGGGUCUCAUGGCUCCAAGGCAGUGGAGACCAAGGAAGAAGCUGCUAGUGUUCUGAAAAGCUAGGCUGGAACUGUUCUGGCAUCACUUCCACUGUGCCCUCUUGAUUAGUCACAAACAAUAUCAGAUUUCAAGCUUAAAAGAAGUGUCAAAGAAUUUGGAGUCAUUUAUCACAUAAUGACUACAAUUAAAUGGUGCAUCCUAUUUUGUAAUUAGGUUUUAGGAAAAAUAAAUUGGGGCAGAAAUAACAUUUGUUUUCAUUAAUGUAUUUGCCUUAAUGAAUUAUUAGAUUAAAUUAAAUUAGCAGGGUUUACUUAGGUCUUCCAUUUCAGGAUCUCACAAGAUGUCAUC